UCUCUCUCAUAUAACUCAUAAGCACCCACAUGAACAAAGUCAAGUACUAGCAAGAAAUCCUAGUUCUUUCUAGGAUUCUCAUCUCUCCAGCUAGCUUCAUCCACUACCUUGUGUUAACUAAUUUUCUUUAAUUUCAAAUUCCCAUCCAUCAUCCCUUAAUUAGUAUUACGUUUUCUUGAUUCUUGUCGUUUUGCUUCAUGGGUAUCUCCUCAAAUCUUGAAGUGUUUCUCCCUGAGAAACAUGAUCCGAGACUCUGUUCGUUGGUUAGGAAACAAGAACUCGUGCAAGAACGUGACCAAGACCAAGAUCAUGAAGAUCGUCAACGUCAAGAUCAGAAGCAGCAGCAACAAAACGCUAUUACUGUUCCAGUUCUGCCCGAGGAACCUUUGGGUUUGAAGCUCAAGAUUCCGUCUUACAAGGAGGUGGAGAGAGAGAAAGAAGAUUCAAACGACGGGUUCAAGACUCCAACAACUUCGGAACACAAAAUUCCAGCGAUCCUGCCGUGCCCUCCUGCACCCAGAAAGCCAAAAACGUUGCCAUCCACGAAACGAAAAGCUUAUCGCCGCCGAAUUGUACUUGAUCUGUCCCAAGAGAUUGAAUCUUUGUUUCCCACUCCGUUUUCGGUGGAUCUUGGCGAUGGCGGUGAGAAUAAAAAGGUCAAACUGUUCACGGAAUGAUAAGCACGUACGGUGGCUAGCUACAAAAUAUAGGAGUGGAUGGAUUGAGCCAUAAAAAUCUGUUUCUUGUUCAUUAACUAUUACGUAACUCUACUUAGAUGGUUUGGGUUGU